UUGCCAUAGAGCCGCAAACACCCACAUCCAACGAUAUAUUCAUAAGACCACCUCAAACUCUCGGUGCCCUACUUCGCAAAUUAUCAAGAUUUACCACCAAAAACAUUCAUUCAUUAGAACCGACCACUAUUUCAUUUUUGAGUUUUUCAUUGAAGUUAAAGGUCUUUUGUUGAAGUAUGGGAGAUAGUGAAACAGUAGUUGCAGAAGCAUCUGCGGCUGAGGCGUAUCCACCGGCGGGAUACAACAACACCGUCUCAAAUCCUGUUAACGAGGCUGGUGCUACCGUUGAGAUUUCCGGAGAAGCUGCCGCUCAGGCCAAUUCAAGCUAUGAAUUUGCUUAUUCUGGUGAUGGGAAUGCGUAUGCUGCCGGCGAUCCUAAUUCGGUUCUACAACAAGCUCAAUUUGGUGCAACGAAUGAAUCCAAGCAAGGUGCUGGAGUGCCGGACGCUAAUGAGGCCUCUGGUGUGUCGGGAAAGGAAGCUAUGGAGUCUGCCAUGGUUUCUGGUGAUCAUUCGACUGUAAAUGGCGGUGUUGGUUCAGUUGGACUUGAAAAUGGAAAUGCAUUGGAGAAUGUUGAUGGGUCAGAUGAUAAACAACUUACAGAUGCUUACGCUGCCUUGUCUGCUGAAGAAGAUCGACUGUGGAAUAUUGUAACAGCUAAUUCUUCAGAUUUUACUGCUUGGACGUCUUUGAUUGAAGAGACAGAGAAGGUGGCUGAGAACAACAUUUUGAAGAUUCGUAGAGUCUAUGAUGCUUUCCUAGCAGAAUUCCCCUUGUGUUAUGGGUAUUGGAAGAAAUAUGCCGACCAUGAGGCGCGCCUUGGCUCUGUUGAUAAAGUUGUUGAAGUUUAUGAACGUGCUGUUCAAGGGGUUACUUAUUCAGUGGACAUGUGGUUGCAUUAUUGUAUAUUUGCUAUAAGCACGUAUGGGGAUCCAGACACAGUUCGUAGAGUCCGUGCAACAGCGCUAUCUCCCUUUUAUGGCGGAAAAGCUUUGAUGGGAUUGCUUUUUGAACGAGGAUUAGCUUAUGUUGGAACAGAUUAUCUUUCGUUUCCUCUUUGGGAUAAAUACAUUGAGUAUGAGUACAUUCAGCAAGACUGGGCUCGCCUUGCCUUGAUCUAUACCAGAAUAUUAGAGAAUCCAAAUCAGCAGUUGGAUCGGUAUUUCAGCAGCUUCAAGGAGUUGGCUAGUAAUCGACCUUUGUCAGAAUUAAGGACAGCUGACGAAGCUGCUGCAGUGGCUGAUGUUGUUUCAGAGGGUACUGGCCAAGCUGUUGAAGGAGAGGUUCGUCCUGAUGGUGCAGAGAAUUCUCCCAAACCUGUAAGUGCUGGAUUAACAGAAGCAGAAGAGUUGGAGAAGUAUAUCGGCAUUAGAGAAGAGAUGUUUAAGAAAGCUAAAGAGUUCGAUUCCAAGAUCAUUGGUUUUGAAACAGCUAUCAGGAGGCCCUACUUUCAUGUACGGCCCCUUAAUAUUGGGGAGCUUGAGAAUUGGCACAACUAUCUUGACUUCAUAGAAAGAGAAGGUGACUUGAGCAAGAUUGUCAAGUUGUAUGAGAGAUGUGUCAUUGCCUGUGCCAACUACCCUGAGUACUGGAUACGCUAUGUUUUGUGUAUGGAAGCUAGUGAAAGUAUGGAUCUUGCAAAUAACGUUCUUGCUCGGGCGAGCCAAGUCUUUGUCAAGAGACAACCAGAGAUACAUCUUUUUUGUGCUCGGUUCAGGGAGCAGGCCGGUGAUCUAGUGGGUGCUAGGGCUGCGUAUCAACUUGUGCACACUGAAAUUUCUCCAGGUCUUCUUGAAGCAAUAAUAAGGCAUGGCAAUAUGGAAUAUCGAUUGGGGAAGUUGGAAGAUGCCUUCUCAUUGUAUGAACAGGCCAUUGCCAUUGAGAAAGGAAAAGAACAUUCACAAACACUGCCAAUGUUGUUCGCUCAGUAUUCUCGAUUUGUUUAUUUGGCCUCUGGCAAUGCAGAAAAAGCUAGAGAGAUUUUAGUUGGGGGGCUUGAUAAUGCUACGCUGUCAAAGCCACUACUUGAGGCUUUAUUGCAUUUUGAGGCUAUUCAACCCCAACCAAAGCGAGUUGAUAUUGACUUUCUAGAGUCAUUGGUUGUCAAAUUCGUUACGCCCAACCCAGAGAGCCACAGUGUAGCAAGUGCAACAGAGCGUGAGGAACUUUCUAGCAUUUUUCUGGAGUUUUUAAAUCUCUUUGGUGAUGUUCAAUCUAUCAAGAGGGGUGAAGAUAGGCAUGCCAAACUGUUCCUUCCACACAGAAGCAUGUCGGAGUUGAAAAAACGUCAUGCAGAGGAUUUCUUAGCUUCAGAUAAAACUAAAGUGCCGAGAGCUUAUUCUGCCCAAUCACCUGCCCAGUCUCUAAUGGGUGCAUAUCCAAAUGCACCUAAUCAAUGGACUAACUAUGGAGCACAGCCUCAAACUUGGCCGGCGGCCACACAAGCACAAGCACAACAAUGGCCUGCUGGUUACACCCAACAGGCUUCCUAUGGCGCUUAUGCUGGAUAUGGAGGCAACUAUGCUAACCCACAAGUGCCUACAUCGGUUCCACCAAGCACUGCUGCAUACGGAGCCUAUCCUCCUGCAUAUCCCGCACAGCCGGCACUGCCUCAACAAAAUUAUGCACAACCUGUUGCAGCCCCGACACAGCAACCCGCAGCAGUUCCUCAGGCCUAUUACGGAAGUUACUACUAAAAUGAGAUGGCAACUGUUUUCGCUUUCUGUAAUUUUUUCCUUGAAUAUUGUAGGUUUUUGGUAUUUAGGGAUUUUGGCGCAUAGAUGCAGUGUAAGCUUUAAGUAAUACUAUUACUACUCACCAUACUAAGGAUAGAAAAUCAUUUUGACUUGCAUACGACAUUUUAUUCGUAUUGUUCGAUUCACUGGUUAGUGGAGUGCUUACAUUUUUCA